GGAGUUUUCAUCCAAAGUCGAGCAAAUAAAAUAAAAUAAAAUAAAAUGGGUAGCAUUUAAUAUUUAUUUAGAUUCUUAGCUUUUUUUCUGAAUCGAAGAACAUACACACACAGAGAGUAUGAGAUUCCAUUUCUGAAAGCUGAAUCAAUCUCCGACCUUUUCGAUUAUAAUUUCCUCUUCGUUUUUAUCACUCCCCACUCUUUCUUAUCCUUCCGGCGUAUUCUCCAAAGCUCCUCCUCUCUUUCUGUUGCUUCUUUCAUUGCCCCCAUUCUCAACAAAUUAUGUUCUCUGUCAGGGAUUUUUGGAGGCGGCAUAGGAGGAAGAUUUUCAUCUCUGUUGGUGUUAUAGGAGGUGGCUAUUGUUUGUAUAACCUUUAUGCUGUUCAUAGGCGAAAGCUCCAUGGCCUUGAGAGGGAACUUCAACUUCAGAGAGAAACUGACGAACGUAUCAAGGAUCAGAUGCAAGCUCACUUUGAGAAUAUUCAGAGAAUUUCUGAUACAAUUACGUUACCUCAUUCUAUGCACAACCUAAGUUGCCGGAUAUCAGAAGAGUUGGAUCUUUCUUACCUUCUCGAGAGGCUAAUGCAGGGAAAGGGUCAGCCCAACACUUUAACGCAAUCAGAAAAACUAGAUUUAUGGGGUAGACUCAAGAUUUUAAGUUUCACAAGAAUGGCAUUGUCAGUUUGGGCAACGGUAAUGCUUAGCUUGUAUACCAAAGUUCAGGUCAAUAUACUAGGACGGCAUCUAUACAUUGAUACUGCACGAAGCUUUGAAAGCUCUUAUUUAAUGGAAAGUGGAGAUGUGGUUGAUGGGGAGGGCCAGCAGAAAUUUCUAGGAAGUGUUGAUUUUCUCUCUCAGCAUGGUAUGCCUGCCUUGAUUUCGGACAUGGAGGCGGCAACAAAAGAAGUUCUCAAAGGAAAGCAGUUGACCAGUCUCUUCAACAAUACAGCGCUUCAAGAAACCAUCACACAGAUACUGAACACUUUCAUGAGCAGAGGGAGUCCAUUUUUCUGGGUAAAAUAUAUGAUACCCGAGGAUGCUAAAUUACGUUUCACGGACUCUGGGAAUUAUGACACAGUUCCAUUUUAUAUGACUGAAUUUGAACAACUCAUGAUGGAAGCAAAUGCAGUAUUAUCAAGUGCUGAAUUUGGGAGCGUCAUAGAUAUGUCUCUGAAAGCUGUGGUGGAUACACUGGCCAAGCAGAUGGGGACUACAACCGUGCCGUUGGCGAGAGCAUUGCCCCAAGUUGCGCAGAUGUGUCCUCUGCUCCUCGAAGAACCCAGUAAAAAUCAGUUCAUCCAAAUCAUUAAUAAUAUACCAGAGGUUGAACUUUUUCUCACUUUUCUCUAUGCAAACAUCCCAAGUGCAGAGUGAUUAGUAUUUUUAUGUUUCAAAUGAAAGAAACCAAAAAGUUGAAAUUUCAUUAGACAAAAGGCGUAAGACAAUGUACAAAAGUUUAAUCGAGGUUCGAAAGAGAUAGUAAUAGGUAAAUUGUUAGCCUUCAUCUUUUAUAGUAUGACAUUUCCCUUUUGGUGUAAUAUCAUUCAAUAGUUAGUGUUUCAUAAUGCUCCUCCCAUUGGCUUUAACUUGGCAUUUGGAGGAGCAAGGUUCAGUUAGGACUAGUUUUGCUUUAUCCACAUUGUACAUGCUGGAAAGGGAAAAUGACUUAUCUUUAAUCAUCUCUUCAAUAACUUUUGUUCA